AUGGCUGCAAACCCUGAAAGAGAUGGGAGUUCUCUGUUUGAGAAGAAUAACGUGGAUGUAGUGGCACUGCCCUAUGCGGCUAGUGCAGUGUCGGAGGAAUCCACCACCGAGAAAAGGGAUCUCUUCACUCGGUUCGUUGACAGCUUCCGCCGUUUUGAUGAAUCUGAAUUGGAUUUGGACCCCAAUUUGUCUGAAAUCGAGAAGGCCGCCAUCAUCACCGCCCAGUCGCCUUUGUCGAGAUCGCUUAAAUCUCGUCAUUUGCAAAUGAUCGCUAUUGGUGGUGCCAUUGGUACUGGCUUGUUCAUUGGGUCCGGAAAAGUGCUAGCCAACGGUGGUCCUGCGUCGGUGUUGAUAGCCUACGCUUUGAUCGGUGUGAUGAUUUUUUGUAUGGUGCAUGCCUUGGGAGAGUUGGCCAUUUGCUUCCCGGUAUCGGGUGCGUUUGUCACCUACAAUGUUCGUUUUGUCGACCCAUCUUGGGGUUUCGCCAUGGCUUGGAACUAUGCCAUGCAAUGGUUGGUAAUUCUUCCCUUGGAAUUGGUGGCUGCCGCUAUCACGAUUCAAUAUUGGGACGAGAAAACAAAUCCAGCUGCGUAUUGUGCGGCUUUCUACUUUUUGAUUAUCAUGAUCAAUUUAUUCGGAGUGAAGGGUUACGGUGAAGCAGAGUUCAUUUUCUCUUUCCUCAAGAUUUUGGCGGUGAUUGGGUUUAUCAUUCUUGGUAUUGUGUUGGUGUGCGGUGGCGGCCCAAGAGGUGGCUACAUUGGCGGAAAGUACUGGGGAAACCCUGGUGCCUUCAACAAUGGCUUCAAGGGUCUCUGUGCUGUUUUUGUUACUGCAGCUUUUGCUUUCUUGGGUACUGAGUUGGCCGGUUUGGCUGCUGCGGAAACUAAAAACCCAAGGAAAUCGCUUCCUAGAGCCACAAAACAAGUGUUUUGGAGAAUCACCUUAUUCUACAUAGUCUCCCUUGUUGUCGUUGGCCUCUUGGUGCCCUACAACAAUGAGGACUUGAAAAAGUCCGAUGGUACCGCCAGAUACUCUCCGUUCGUCAUUGCCAUCAGAGCAGCUGGUAUUGGUGGUUUGCCUUCCGUCAUGAACGCCGUCAUCAUUAUCGCCGUCUUGUCUGUUGGUAACUCUUCUGUGUUUGGCUCCUCCAGAACUUUGUGUGCCUUGGCCGCAGCUGGCAUGGCGCCAAAGAUUUUCGGUUACAUAGACAGGAAGGGAAGACCAAUUUUCGGAAUUGCAUUGCUGGCAGUGUUCGGGUUGCUUUGUUUCAUAUCAGCCUCUGAAAAGCAAGGUGAGGCUUUUGACUGGAUGUUGGCCCUUUCUGCUUUAUCAGCUGUUUUUACUUGGGCAUCCAUCUGUCUCUAUCACCUUCGUUUCAGAUAUGCCUUGAGGUACCAAGGCAGAGGAACGGAAGAGUUGGCUUUCACAUCUAUGGGUGGAGUGCCCGGUUCUGUGUUUGGAUUGACAUUGAACAUCUUGGUGCUCGUUGCACAGUUUUGGAUUGCCCUUUUCCCACUUGGUGAGAAGCCCUCGGUGGAAGCUUUCUUCAAGGCGUACAUAUCGUUCCCAAUCAUCAUUGUCUUUUACGUGUUCCACAAGUUUUGGAAGAGAAACUGGAGAUUGUACAUCCCCAUCGAGGAGAUUGACAUCGAUACGGGGCGCAGAGAGAUGGACUUGGAACAGUUGAAACAGGAAAUUGCCGAAGAGAAGGCGGUGCUUGCGUCCAAACCUCUCUACUACAGAUUGUAUAGCAUUUUCUGCUGA